AUGGCGCAAGCAAUACCCAACACUAUCAAAUUACUUGAUAUCUCCCAUGUCACUCCCUUUCCCUCUGAUUCACCUGAAUCGGUCACCGAGUUCACUCUCCCACUCACCUUCCUCGACACAUUCUCAUUCAAAUUCCUACCUGUACAGUGCCUCUUCUUUUACUCUAUUCAAAGCUCAGACCAAUCUCUAAUGGCUUCCUCACUCUCCAAGCUUAGACACUCCCUCUCGCUCACUCUCCAAUACUUCCUCCCUCUAGCCGGAAAACUCACCUGGCCACCAACUUCUCCGAGGCUCACCAUUCUUUACAAGCCCGGUGACGCUGUUUCAUUCACCCUGGCCGAGUCCACUGUCGAUUUCCACCAUUUCACCAGAAAACACAUCCAUGGAGCCUCUGAGUCUGGUCCUCUCAUCCCUAACUUGCUUGUAAACGACGUGUCGUCUUCAAUAAUGGCUCUGCAAGUCACUCUGUUUCCCAACACCGGACUCUGCAUCGGCGUCACCUUCCACCACGCUGUUCUCGACGGGAAGUCUUCGGCCAUGUUCAUGAAAUCGUGGGCUUAUAUAUCGAAAACCAAUCCACCAUUAUCGCAGGAGCUUACUCCUUUUUACGAUCGGACCACCAUUAAAGAUCCCAACGAUCUCAACACUUUACUGGUCAGAACCAGAGGCACCGUCCGAUUGGGUACGAGCAACUUUCGAACUAAGGCGUGGCGAAAUAAAAAAGCUCCGGAAAUGGGUCUCUAUGAAAUGGAAAAAAAUAAACGAAUUACCUCUACACUUCGGUUGAGCCCGUUUGUCCUAGCAUCGGCUUACAUUUUGACCACCAUGGUCAAAGCCACAGAUGGUGAAACCAACAGGAGGGUUUACUUCGUCGUCACCGCUGAUUAUCGACGACGAUUAGAUCCUCCGUUAAAGGAUAACUACUUCGGGAACUGUGCCGGGAGUCAUCUGGGGUACGCCGGUGAGGCCAGAGAGCUAUCGAAGGAAGACGGCUCUGCCAUUGUUGCGGCGAAGAUUAGCAAUUUGAUAAACAAGUUUGAGAAGAACGGAGUUCUGGAAGGAGCAGAGGAGAGGCUUAAGAGUUGGGGUCUACUGGGACCACAGUCGCAAAUGGUUGCCAUAACUUGGUCGCCCCAGUUCGAUAUUUACAGCUCAGAUUUUAGCUGGGGAAGGCCUUUAAAGAUCGAAAUAGCCUCCGUUAAUGGAAAAUCGAUUUCUUUGAUGGAGUCCAAAGACGGAAGUGGAGGUAUAGAGAUUGGUUUGGUUUUGAAGAAGCAUGCAAUGGAUCGUUUUGAUCAUCUUUUUAGGACCAAUAUCAAAACUCUGUCAAAUUAA